AUGGAAAAGACUCAAUUCACCUCCUCCACCGAAAGAAAAGAUCUCAGCGGUGUUAAGGAAAAGUUUGACUAUGAUCUAAAGGUUCUCAUUGUCGGUGCUUCUGGUCACUUGGGUUCCUGCAUUACCAAAUACUUGUGUGAAAACCACCAAAACGAAGUCAAACUCUCCUUAUUGUGUCCUGAAGAAAGUCGAAACAAGAUUUCUCUCUGGGAAAAGAAAUUGAAUGGACAAAUUAUCACCUUUGACGUCUUGAAUGGUAAUUUGGAUCAACUCUCUCAAAUUCUCAAAGAUUUCACCAUGGUCUUGAAUUGCAUGAAUUUCUUUGAUCCCAAUGAAGAGUUAACCGCUGAGAAGAAUUUGAUCAAUUGUUGUGUCAAAGCAGGUGUUCGAUUCUACAUUCCAUCGGACUUUUCCAUUGAUUUUAGAAACAUUACCACUGAUUUGACAGAUUUGCCUCGAAUUCAAGUCCGUCAACAAGUCCAUCAACUCCUUAAUCAAAGUUCUUUGAAUUGGGUGAGCAUUUUGUGUGGAGUUUUCAUUGAAAAGUUACUCUUUGAAGAUUGUAAACUCAUUAAUCGUGAAAAGAAUGAAAUGAAUUACUAUGGAACUGGUAAUGAAGAAUUUGAAGUCUGUACCUAUGAAGAUGUUGCCAAAUUUGUGAGUGAAUUAAUUGCUCGAAGAGAAUUUGAGAAAUUCAAAAAUCAAUUCCUUUGCAUUUACACAGAAAGAAUUACAUUUAGAGAAUUGGGAAAUUGGUUGAGAGAUAUUUGGGGUCAUGACUUGAAGAUUACCAAUUGUGGUAAUUUGGAAGAUUUAAAUAAGAGAUUGAAAGAAGUGAAAGGAACAGAUAUGACUUUGUAUUAUUAUUUACAAUACAUGAAGGUGAUUUUAAUGGGACAGGGAAGAUUGACAGAAUUGGAUAAUCAAGUGUGGCCAACCAUUUCCAAGACCAAUGUGAAGAAUGUGGUGAGACAAUGGACUUCACAGGCACAAGGAAUUGCUGUUUAA